UGGUAGUUAUCUUUUUGUUUGGUUGAAUCAAUUCUAAUCCGUUCCAAGUGACAUAGGUUCGAGAGCCAAAACCACCGAAGCAGUGCAAGCACACACAUCUCCAUGUUUUACAAUUUACUGUAUCAUCCCACAAAGAGACCACGCCAGGUCGCCAGAGCGGUCCGACGUUUAUACUCGCACACGGGUGCGCAAAAUGAGGCACGCGUGGCAGUGUUGCAUCAAGCACUAAAACCUCCAAUUGUGAACGGUGUGCACAAGCCCAUGAAACCCGGCGGUUACAAAGAUUCGGGGGCCGAUAUCGCCUGGACUUUGCGCAACUCGGGAACGAAAGUUGUUACGCCCUCGCCGAAACCGAACCCCGGGUCGGAGGAGGGCUGGUGCUUUCCGGACACAGAGGAAGGCAUACUGGAAGCUGUGGACAAGAGAGUUACCCAUUUCUGGGCUAAUACUAUACUCUUUAGCGAUCAUCCCCUCCAGACAUCAGCACGUCUAAUUCCAUACGAGGACAGGAUCAGAGUCGUUAGUCAACCUCCGCGGUUUGUACAGGCCUACGACGAUAAAAACUUGGUCAACGAGAUCCUGCGCACGAAAAACUUUACUUUACCCAAGGCGUCUCUAGUAUCAAGUCUGGAUGCACUUCGUAAGGCCGUAGCCCCCGAAGGCGCUUUAUCAUUCCCGGUCGUAGGAAAACCAGUGCGCGGACGGGGCAGUUACGGCGUCACUGUUUGUUACACAGUAGAGGAACUCACGGUUCAUGCGGGCAAGUUAUUUGACGAAUCACCAUCAAUCAUUUUGGAGGAAUACCUGGCCGGCCAAGAGGGCACAGUCACGGUCAUGCCACCUUCGCCGGAGCGACCAGACCAUUGGGCCAUGCCGGUUGUCGUACGCUUCAAUCACAUUGACGGUAUAGCGCCGUAUAAUGGCGACGUCGCGGUGACGGCCAACUCGCGCGUGGUAAGCGAGGAGCAAGCGGCAAAGGAUACUGCCUAUGGGAGUAUAGCCGAACAAUGUGUGCAGGUAGCACGCUUGCUGAGAUGCACCGCGCCGAUCCGAAUUGACGUUCGCAGAUUCAAAGAACAAGGCGAUUUUGCACUGUUCGAUGUCAACAUGAAACCUAAUAUGACGGGUCCGGGAAGGCCAGGGCGGGAGGAUCAGGCAAGCCUGACUGCAAUAGCAGCUGCUGGGUUGGGCUGGAAUUAUCCUGAGCUACUUCAACAAAUUCUUGGCUCAGCUCAAAGUUUACAUACACUUCGGACUAUUAAGCUGCCAAAAGACUUGUUCCCGUAAGAAUGUAGCAAGUAGACCUCGUAGUCUGGCUAGAACUAGAGUACGCAAGCGUGAUACACAAGACCAAACAAAUGGUGGAUACAGCUCAAAAUAGAGAUGAUUACUCUGGUACAUCUAGCGGAUCGUCAAUUAUAGAGGAUUGUAUUGUAGUUCAAGAAUAAACAUGUGGUGGUUUGAAA